UUAAUAAACUUUGCUUAUUUCGAUUAGUUGUUUGUCUAAGUUGUCGACAGAGGCACUAGCCUUCAAUGAGAAAAUUUUUAAAAUGAGUAUCUGGCUGAUCUUUGGGUCAUUAUUGGGAGUAAUUGAGUUCUCUCAACAGCAACUUCUUACUCCACUAACCAAAACCAGUCCAGAACUAUUCCCGUAUCAAGUAUACGUUGAGGCCGACUUAUAUUGCUUAGGAGCUCUGAUUAGUACAAGAUUCGUUGUUGUAAAUGCAAUAUGCAUUGAAAGCCGAAAUCAUGCUGAAGUCCACUUGGGAACCGAAUCCGACCCUUUCUACAACAUAUUUGGAACAAAAGGGCAGGUAAUUAAGGCAUCAGAACUGCUACCUCAUCCAGAAUUCGGAAAAAGAUACACCGACCACGUUCUAGUGAACAAUAUCGGGUUGAUAAAGCUUCGAGAUCCAGCUAUUCUCACUUCGAAAGUUCAACCGAUUAAGUUACCAUCCAAAUAUGAUUUCCCUUUGCUGCCUGGUACUCUUUUGAACGUAACUGGAUACAUGGAUUCGAUUUUCAUGAGCGACAUCUUACGUUUUAUGACGGUUAAAGUGCGUCCUCAAGAGCAGUGUCAAGAGUUCUACGGGAAAGAUUUCAUGACAGAUGUUGAGCAAUGUGUAGAAGCAACUGGAAGACGCAUUGACUGGCCAGGAGUUUUUGCAAUGGAUGGCAAACUGGUAGGAUUAGCCAGAGAACUGAGCAGGUCCAUCGAUUGCGUAGUUUCUGAUUCUUCAUGUAGCAAACAUGAUGUUUUCCUCAGCAUUGGACCGUAUCUAGACUGGAUUUACGAAAACAGUGAUGUACCAAGAACCGCACCACUUGUGAGAAUAAUUCGGAUUCAACAGCCCCAAUUUGUUCCGAAACCUUUAAACCGCCUGCAAAUUGUGCUGCCACCUAGUCCAAUAAUAGUACCAGAAUUAGUUAAUAUUCACGAUCGUGAAGGAUUUGAUUAUAUAUAGCCCAAUCGUAUUGCAAAGUAAAGAUUUAGAUGUGAUUGUUCGGCAUUGGCAUUAGAUUAAAAAAAUAAAUGAUUGAAUUGUU